AAUUGAUUGAUCUCUCCUAAUCUUUUCUUUUUUCCUCUUUGGAAAGCUGCGAUUUUUUUUCUUGGAUUGCCUACCGUACUGAUAAUUUCUUUCUUUUCUUUCUUUCUUUCCUUGCUUUAUUGCUUUCUAUCUUUCGUUCCUUACUACGCACGAUCUGGUGUAUCUGCUUGUUAGAAGUUUGACCAGUGGUUUUACGAGGUUUGCUUUACAAGUACAGUACGGCGGAAAGAGAGAGAGAGAGAGAGAGUUGUUUGGUUGUUAAUAAUUUGGGGUGCACUUCUUGAAGGGUUGGGAUACAACUGCUCUGCCUGUUUUCCUUUUCAUCAUGGAAGGCAUCGCCUUGAUGCAUAGUCAGGAACCUGCAGAGUGCUCUUUGGGCGCGGUGGAGGUUACGGAGGAUCAGACACCAUCCUCAUCCUCAUCCUCUAUUUCACAAGAUCCACGGAAACCUCCAUCUCCUUCUCCAAGUGCUUCCCCCAGAACUCUUCAGCACACCCGUUCAUCAUCCAUCGCAACAUCGGCCCCGGCGCGGAAACGCCUCUCAUUAUCAUUCCCAAUCCUCCCAGCCAAUUCAAACAUCUCCCCGCGAAAUGCAUCACCCGUGACAAACUCGCCGCCAGGUCACACUUUUCGAGCCUCGACUCCCGGGAUCGGAGACAUAACACCUGAUGAUCCCAUGGCCUUCCUGACCGCCCUAGCAGCCCAGGAACGCCGGGUAUUAGAACUAAAGGAGGAGCUCGGAAAAGCUGAGACCGAGCUGGGGAAGAUGAAAAGGCAGUGGGCUGUCCACGAGGCUACGCGGAAAUUCCACGACGUAGCUGCUCCGAUUGGAAGACUUCGACCACUGGAUACCAGUGCGACGUGCGAUGACCGGGAGAAGAUAAUCUCCCCGACGAGGGAGCAGUAUAACGCCCGGAAGGCCACGCUGAACAGUCUGAAUGGCACGGGGACGAGGAAGGUGUUACCGUCGCAGAGGCAUCAGAGAACUUUGUCACUGCUGUCGACAGAUAGGAAUGUUUACAAGCAACCAUUUGCUCAACCGAGUGAUCUUGGUGACGAGAGUCCUGCGUCGGAUAAACCGCCCAGCGUAAGGCGCAGUCAGACGUUUGCUCAGACGUCCAUGCCGCUUCCUAGCUCUGUCUCUGCUACUCCUAGACCGCUAUCAAUGAACGACUUCUCACGGUCUGCGGGACAGAAGGGUCAAGAAGCACUACUUAGGACGGGGAAGCAGAUGGCAGAGGACUUCAAAGAGGGUCUAUGGACCUUCAUCGAGGAUCUCCGUCAGGCUACCGUCGGCGACGAAGGCAUCCACUCUUCAAUAAACCAAACCGGAAUCCGCGCGUCGACAAACACACCCCAAGACCCCGCCAACCUCACCAACACCACCACCAAACCCCCAAAUAAGAAAUCCUCCAGAGCAAGCCUUCGCAGCAUAACCCCCCAAAAGAUGUCCCGGGAGAACUCCAAAACCCCUUCAACCACCAAAGAAAUGGAAACCGAAAAACUAAUAGACUUUUCCUCACCCGCCGACGAAGACCCCAAAUCCCCUCGCUGGAGCACAACCUCCACCGUCCUUUCUGAAGCCACCGGCGCUAUAACCCCUCCGUCGCCCUCCAGCACGCCUCGGACUUCAACUAGCUCAACGACGUCAAACGGCGGCCCCCUCUGGUCUUCAGUAAUAAAUACUACCCAAUUCAACCUUAAAAAGACAGCCACGGCAUUGAUCACAAGCGUCGAGAAGAGUCUUGCCCCGCUGCCAAACGAGACGGCGACGACGGGUUUUUAUGUUCCGGGGAAUGACGCGGGGCACUUGAGGAGUCGGUCGGGGUCACCGGGGGUUAAGAAUAAGAAAGCUUGAGCGCUGUGUAUGUGGUUGCGGGGAUCGAGGCGGAAGGUGGGUGGUUUCUUUUGCAGGGUCGGAGUUGGAGAGGGCGUAAUACUCGCGGAUAUGGACAUGAACACGGAUAGGGCUCGGGUUGGAUAGUGUGGAAUCACUGGAAUGGGCUGGACUGGGUUGGAAAUUUCUUUUGACAUAGGUGGAAACGGGCGGACGGAUAUUGCUUGUGUCAUCACCAAAACACGGCCAGCAAAUGCGAUAUUACUAUGAGGGGAAGAAGGGAGCAAUUGAUGGAUGGAUGGAUAACGAGCUCAUUUUCUCACGGCCAUCCCUUCCCCCGAUAUAUUAACGACGGACGCUGCCUGUACGAUUUGUCUCCGCUAAGUUAGUGCUAGUGCUAGUUUGAAGGAGGGAGAGAAGGAGGGAGGCCCAUUUGCAAUAUUUUGUUAGAUCACGAUUUUUUAUAUCAUAAUAUUACUAUACCUUACGAAAGAAACGGAGGGAGAAGGGAGGGAAAGAAGUCUUGUUUAUAAUGUUAUAUCAUACCAUUGGGGAAAACCGACAUUGGUCGAUUGUACGAAACUUUAUAAAUAUCAUCAGAGUGAAAUAGAGCGGAUACAAAACU